CAGUCGAACGGGCGUCUGUUCGGUCGGCCGGAGGUCGGAAGGAGAGCAGCGCCAGCACCUGCGGCCUCGGCGUCGUGUCGGUGAGCCCGCCCACUGCCGGCGUCUUCGCCCUGGAGGACCUGCGAGUGCUCGCUGCGCUGCCAACACAGAAGCGUAUGGAACCUAAGCUGGUGAAGGAGGAGUCGGCAGCAGAUUGCUCCGGGCCCGGCCCGGCUGCCAAGGAGGCAGCCGCCUCCGCCCCCGCCGCCUCCAGCACGACGUCCAGCGCCGCCGCCCGCUGCCGCCCAACGGCCUCCCCGCCGCCCACACGCUCGCACAGUAGACACAAAGGUGGCGUGGUGAAGGAGCGCGAACGUCGCACGCCGGACAGCCCGGAGGGCGCCCGCCUGCAGCCCGCCGCCUCCGCCUCCGCCUCCGGCAGCCCGGCCGGCUCUCCACCCCCGCAGCCGCCGCCGCCCGCCCCCUCUUCUGCCGCCGCCGCCCCCGGCCUGGGCCCCGCCCCCGCGCCCGCCCCCGCCGCGGCGCAGCACAACGGCCACCGUGCCGCCAGCCCCACUGCCACGCUACACAUCAACGGCACCGCAGGCUGCGAGGGCCGCAGCCCGCUGCUGCUGGGCAAGCUGAAGCGCUUCCUCAGCACUCUGGUGCAGUUCGGCUCCGACAUCGGACCAGACACGGGAGACCGCGUGCGGGCGCUCGUCCUCUCCCUGGUGACCGGCGCGCUCACCGUGGAGGAGUUCCACUCGUCCCUGCAGGAGGCUACCAACUUCCCGCUGCGGCCGUUCGUGGUGCCCUUCCUGAGGGCGCACCUUCCGCUGCUGCAGGCGCAGUUGGCAGCACUGGCCAGGACCGCUAAACAGGCGCCCCUGCAGUACCUGCGCCAGCACGAGCACGUGGUGCUGGACCCCGCCUUCUCGCCCUCCGAGCCCUCCGAGAUCUUCCACUCUGAGGACCACGGCCAACAGCAGCAGCCGCAGCCACACCCCAUGAAGAGGCGGCCGUCUGACAGCUUCUACGAGAGCGAGGAGUGCGCGGUGCCGGCGGCGAAGCGCGCCUGCGGGGUGCCCGGGGGCGGACAGGGCCCCCUAGCGCUCUUCUCGCCGCCCCCGCACCUCACCCCCGCCACACCCGACGGCUUCUCCACACCGGGGUCCGCCUCCUCGGGACCCGGUUCCGUUGCCGGGGGUGACGACGAGUGGCGCAACAUCCACGUGAUGCUGAACUGCAUUCUCAGCAUGGUGGAGAAGACAAAACGAGCACUGGCGAUCCUGCAACAUAGGGGAGCAGUGCCCGGUGUAGUAACUGAUGACUGGGGUCGUGGUGACAUCAAGCGGACAGCUGCAGAUAUCAUGGCGCAGACUAUCCGCGCCACGGAGGAGCGCGUAGCAGAGGUCAAGCGUCGUGCAGAGGAGGCAGUGAAUGAGGUGAAGCGUCAAGCUGUAGCAGAACUGCAACGUGCAGUGGCUCAGGCGGAGGCGAAAGCUGCUGAGCUGGUAGCAGCAGAGCGUGCCAAGGUGGAGAAGGUGCUGGCAGAGGCACGCCGCCAGGCCGUCCCUACAGACGACGAUGAGCCACCUCCAGCUGGGGCGACAGCGGCAACAGCCAAUGCCUGCUGGAACUGUGGACGACGUGCCAAUGAAACAUGCAGUGGCUGCAAUACGGCACGCUACUGUGGCGCCUUUUGCCAACAUAAGGACUGGGACAGUCACCACCAGGUGUGUUGCAAGCUGCCUCCACCUGUACCACUUUCGGUGCCAGCUGCCCCGAGCCAGCAACCCACAUCUAGUCCUGCAGUUCCGCCAACGGUAACUGGUGUGUCGCCUUCUGGUGCAACUCCAGCCAAGUGACGCAGCAAGCGCCGGCCUGUGCGGAGGGCCACUGCAACUUCACAAUGAUGACUGAUGUACACCUCAUUGUCUCCAGUGCUGAGGGAAAGUAUGAUAAGCCUUUAUCACCAGUAAUGCGUGAAGUACAAAGGCAAUUUGAACUGAUCCAUACAUGUAGUAGAUUUUUUUCCUAAGGGUCAUGUGACUGCCAAGAUCAGAUUUCGUUAGUAGGGCUCAGUUAUUGGAUGGAAGGUACAAGUAAUUUUUUUUUGGCAAGAUUAUUACACUAGAAAUUAGUGUACGGACUGAAUAUAUGUGGGGCAGAAUGUGUAUUGACAUCCACUUACUUAACACAUUGUAUUUCAAAACCUUGAGAUAUUUACAUUACUUCAGUCUACCACAGAUUUUUGUAAUCAAAUAAGAGCUUAAUUGUGACAACAAUGAAGUUGUACAAAUUUUCUCUGUCAUUUAAUUCUGUAUCAGAUACCAUGUUCAUUGAACCAGCACGUAAAUGGAGAGAUAAGAGGCCAGUUUCAUAAUUAGGAGAUUGAUGCCUGUUUUUGUUUUUGGUUCAUUGACAGUAUACUGAAAACUGUGUUUGUGCCAUGGGACAGAGAGAGAGAGAGUGAGAGAGUGAGAGAGAGAGAGAGAGAGAGAGAGAGAGAGAGAGAGAGAGAGAGAGUUUAUCUUCCUCCAAUUUGAGAAAAAUGCAGGUGCUUGUGGUAAUUAAACAUUUCUUCCCAAAUUCAUGAUGGAUGUUUCUGUGAAAUUUAAAAAUGUUAAAUACUGUUGUGAAGUUCAUGUGUAUUUAAAGUGGUUUAAUGCAUUGUUAAACCACAUGACUCUUUGCACACUCUCCAAAUUAGUGGCAGAUUUAUUACAUGUUUUUGAAAGAGGCUUUCCUCAACUAUUUGUACUGCCAAGAUCUUCAUUUAUCACAUACUCUAUGUUCAGCCCUCUAAAAUACUCAAUGUAGCUACUAUCACAACACAAGCCCAUGGGACAGAUUUUCAGAAAAGAACUGGAUCGUUUAUUGGGAGAAAGCACUCGUUUGCAUUUACAAGUAAAAUCUAGACUCAUGGGUACAUAAAAUAAAAAAUAGAAAACUCAAGAAACCAGACCCACGUAUAUAUUAGUUGAUGUUAUCCCUCCAUUUUAUUAAAUGUUUAAAUAAAGUUUAAAUAAGUGGAGCAAAUAGUAAAACAUUCACAACACAUCUUACUUUUGGGCUGAGUGGUGACAAAUAUGAAUGGAGGAAGAUAACAUUUGCCCGAAGAUAAUUAAUUAUUCAUUUGUUGGGUCAGAUUAACAACAGGUGAUUUAUCCUACUGGAUGGUGACCAUAGCCUUCAGGUCUUUUCCAAAUUCAUGUAAUAAAGUUUCUCAUCAUUCAAAUUUCAGCUUUAUUGCACAAACAUUAUUAGUGAUUUAAUAACAGUAAUCAUAACAGACAUUAGCUAAGAGAUUUUUCUGUAACUACUUUAUAACUUCAUGAACUACUUCUCCAGAUCCAAUUUUUUCAUCUUUUGCUGCUGUAAAUCACACUCAGCUAGUUUGAAAUGUCUGGGGGGAACCAGAAUUCAUUUUUUUUUAAAAAUAUAUAUUUGUAUUGGAGCAUCAUGCCACCCUAAGCUCUGAUGGGCACCUUGGUUAAUUUUCUUUAUUAGCAACAAUUUAUUCUGAUACCUGUCUUCCAGAUUCUAUAUAAACUCUGGGAUCUGUAUUGAGUACUUUCCAUCAUUUUCACUUUUUAUUUCAAAAUCCACACAUCAGCAAAAUGAACGAAAACACUGACAUUUCUGGAGAACACUUGUGUGCAUUUCAUUAACAUCCACUGCCAUAAUUAUUUCAAAAUGUGUUUUGUUUGAUUAAAAUGUAUGUUGAAUUAAACCAGUAAUUUGGAAAAUUUUCAAAUGACUGUGUAUCCAGACAAUUGAUGCCAUAAAAUAAUAAAGUAUGGAUGUCAGUAGCUGUACUAAUCUUACCAUAUGUACAGUAUUGAUGUUUUAAUUUUAUAAGUUGCUCAAAUUGUGGAUUGUUGGAAAACCAACACUAUCUCGGAUAUUGUAGAAGCAGCAACAAAGAUCAGGGUACAUAAAUGUAAGUUCAGGUGCAGCUCACAACCAGUCCUUUCUAUUAUGCUCCUCAAUAACAUUUCACUGGAGAUCAAAAUAUUGAAUAAAUUUACAAGAUACUGAUUAGUUCUUUUUACAGUAAAGAGAGUUAGAAGAAUUGUAUUUACAAAGGAGGAAUUGCUGUAGAUACAGCAGGAAGAUGAAAAACUGAGAAACAAAUGUCAGUCUUACAUAACAAAAUUCAUUAUCGAGGGAGUUGCACAGGAAUGCGGAUUAUAAGUUGGGUUUGAGGGAAUGGAGAGAAUAAUGGUGAGUUCCUCCAAAUUAUAUGCAGAAUGGCAUGCAAGAGAGAGAAUUUAAAAUAUCUGACAGCUUCUGGAAAAAUAAAAGGGUGGCUACUGGAAUGAAACCUUUCAUUCUGGAUGGAAAUGGAGUGUGAGGAAUGGUUCAAAAUAAAUAAAAAGCAGAACAACAGUGCUGAUAAAAGGGAAUGAUUGGAAAUGUCUAGGAGAAAAGAAAAGGCAGAAAGGAGGGAUAAGUAAAAGAUUGUGAAGAAAUUUGCAACUCAGGUGGCUGUGCUAUACACAGUACAGGAAAUAAAUAAGUGAAACAGAGAUUGUGGAAUGGAGGGGUAACUGCAACAAAAAAAUAAUGUAACAGUUGGUAAAUUGAGAGGCUCAGAGUGUAUUUAGCCUGCACUUCCGUAACUGUGACUGAUAUACAUGUCAGUUUGUAUUUCUAAGAAUUUUUGUGAUGGUUAUGGAAAAUUAAAAAUAAUGAAAGCUGCCAAAGCCUGCCUACAUUUUUAGUCUCACAAAAUGUCUUCAGAUAUGGAACUUAUUCCAGACAAGAUCAUACAGGAGAGCCAUUCUAAGAAUGGCAUAUUUAGAUUUCCUGAACAGAUGUUGAAGGAACUGCACUAAAUAGACCCCUAACAAAAUAAUAUUCCCUACUGUGUAUUACUUUUAAGACAUUCAUUACUUAAAAAAAACAUACUUUAUCUCAGGAGCCCAAGGUCUUACAUUUCUGUCAGCAAUAUCAGUGGAAGUGAUGUACUUGACUACCAGAGGGAAUUGUCAAAUUUCAGAUAUAUCAAAGAACUUUAAUUUUUGGUGACUGACAAUUCGUUUCUUGAAUCACAUUAUAACUGUGCAUGUGUGGUAUCUGGUACUGCCUGAAAUUUUGUAAAAGAUACAGUACUGUGAAUGUAACAAAUAUUUAAUUAAUAUAAUAUCAUGGCGGAUUAAUAGUUUAUUAUAAAAAAGUGUUGUCGGUUUGAGGCUUUAUCACCCUUACUCUAGAGUUGAAUAUAUGCUGUGAUACAAGUAUGCAAUGAUGUUUCUAUGUGUACAUACUGUACAUACAAGUUGCAAACGGAUCUACUGAUUCUGUAUGCAUCACAGUGCUGCAAAUGGAAGUUUGAGACACACGAUGUCAUGCUUAAAGAUAUGUCUUUUGUCAGAAUCUGGCUUCAUCACAAAACACGUUGGUUCCAGUCCUCCUCAAUUCUCUAUACAUUCCUUAAGAAUCACAGCAAAUCCCUUUUGAUGAAUGCCUCAAUCAUGGCUGCUGCAGCAUGACUCACUAUUCACCACCACCUUAUACUCAGCCAUUGCACAUCUGGCAUUCAGCCCUAAAUGGGGUGCAACAGUGUGAUAGCCAGAAGCUAUGCGCAAGACAUCUCAGAGCCAUAAUUGUUGCUGUCUGAAAAAGGCCUUUCAACAGGAUACUGCAUCCACAACAUUCUGACACAUCUAUGGCACACCACAACUACUGAGCAGUGGCAUGGUAUUAUUCAGGAUCUGUCCCAACUGAUGCUGAUAUGGAUGAACAUGACAUAGUCUACUGUCCUCGUUCUAUAUUAUGUACAUCUAAAAACUUACUUUACAUGUACAGAAAUUUAUCAUUUCGUGAUUUUGUGAGAUCAGUUGUUUAUAUCUAUGAUACAACCCACCUUCUGAAUGACAAAUAUGCUCUUAAAAUGAAAUUACAAUGAAAUACAGGCAUUGAUAAAUAUCAACGGGGACAAAUGUGUGCCCUGACCAGAACUCGAACCUGGGAUCUCCUGCUUACAUGGCAGACACUCUAUCCGACUGAGCCAUUGAGGACACAGAGGAUAGUGCUCUACAGGGACUUAUCUCUGGCACACUCCCCAUGAGACCCACAUUUCCAACUUUCUGUCCACACACCACGGCAGUCAAUCUAGCAAUUCCAUAAGAGUUAGAGCAAUGUGAGUGUGUUCACAGUGAAGAAGACCAUUGACUGGUAAGCCUUAUCUAUAUGAAGAUGGUAUCUGUUCUUUUGGACAUGUCCGAAAGAACAGAUACCAUCUUCAUAUAAUGUGCUUUUAUGUUGAACGCAUUCACUUUGGUUAUUUUAGAGUUUUUCACACCUGGCAGGAACUACCAGUUUUUUUAC